AACUCUGAAAAAAAAGAGAGAGAAAAAAACCUUUUUUUACUGUGUUUUAUUUUCUCUUGUACUAAAACUGUUUGGUCGGCAAGAAAACUUUAGAAUCAUGGGAGUGCCGGAAACUGAUCCAUUGGCUCAAUUGAGCUUGCCGCCGGGGUUUCGGUUUUAUCCAACUGAUGAAGAGCUUUUAGUGCAAUAUUUAUGCAGGAAAGUUGCAGGGCAUCAUUUUUCUCUGCAAAUCAUUGGCGAAAUCGAUUUAUACAAAUUUAAUCCAUGGGAUUUACCGAGUAAAGCUUUGUUUGGUGAAAAAGAAUGGUAUUUUUUCAGUCCUAGAGACAGAAAAUAUCCGAACGGGUCACGACCUAAUAGAGUUGCAGGGUCCGGGUACUGGAAAGCUACCGGAACUGAUAAAAUUAUUACAACGGAAGGCCGUAAAGUGGGUAUAAAAAAAGCUCUGGUUUUUUACGUCGGAAAAGCUCCCAAAGGAACUAAAACUAAUUGGAUUAUGCAUGAAUAUCGACUCAUUGAAACUUCUCGUAAAAGUGGUAGCUCCAAGUUGGAUGAUUGGGUUUUAUGUCGAAUAUACAAGAAGAAUUCAAGUGGUCAAAAACCUUUGUCAAGUGUUUCAAGCAGAGAGCAAAGCACGAAUGGGUCAUCAUCAUCGUCUUCUUCACAACUGGAUGACAUGCUUGAGUCAUUGCCCGAGUUGGACGAUCGUUUCUUUGCUUUGCCACGCGUUAACUCGUUCAAAACGCUUCAAAACGAUGUGAAACUGGGGUUUCAAAGUCUGGGGAUCGGGAAUUUGGAUUGGGGGAGUCUUGGUGGGCUUAGCUCGGUGCCUGAGCUGGUACCGAGUGGACAACCUCAAACUCAAACUCAGAGUCCGGGGAUUACUAGUUAUGGAAAUAGUAACGUAUAUGUCAGCACAAUGCCGCCUACACUUUGUCAGAUGGACGUGUCGACAAAUAAGAUUGGUAACUCGGUGGAAGAGGAAGUACAGAGUGGACUCAGAACUCAGCGAGCUGAUAACUCGGGGAUAUUUCGACAAAACUCGAAUGUGUUGAACAGUCACAACUUCUCUAACUCGAUUGACCCGUAUGGGUUUCGGUGCCCGACUCAAUCGGGUGGAUUUGGGUUUAGACAAUAAAAAGAAAGUAUAGGUAGAAGGACCAGGAAAGGAAUUUCAGAAAUUGUGUAAAUAUUUUGAAUUCUUUUGGGCUAACCUUUUGGAAUUAUAGAAACCAAAAGAGUUUAAAAAGAUGGCCAGAAUUUGAAAUUUUGCUCUGUGUUUUUAGCAUAAUUAAAAUUUUAUCAGUUUAUAAUCUAA